UCCUCCAAACCCUUUCCCUGUUACGCGUUCUCUCUUCUUUCACUGUUUCUUCUCAGUUCUCUCCCUCUUCGACCGUCGUCUCCCUCUCUGAAACGCGACUAAACGACGGUGCGACGCUCUAUUCCCUCUAAGACCGGUCACCGGCGGCGAAGGCGAGUCUCCAGCUACUUCUGCAUCUCCGCGACGGUUCUCUGUUUUUGGAUAGGUUUGGGGUCAGAAUAAACAAUCAUGCCUCAUAGAACCCGACCCAUGACUGCAAUCUUGUUGUUUACUUCACUAAAUUUUGUUUUGUGUGCAACCAUUACCCCAGUGUAUGAUUUUGUUUGCUUUCAUCCUUACUGGGAAAGAAGGAGGGAAAGGCGUCGUCAGGAGCGUGAAGCUUCUAGCCGUCAAAUGAUCUAGCCUUUUAAUUGUCUUCUUUCCGUCUCAUAAUGUAAAAGUUUUCUCUUGGGUCAUUGCAAUAUAGAUGGAAUACCUGUGAUGUGAGUACAUGUCUGAAUUCUUGGCCCAACUUGGUCUCCUUCAUUAAGCAUUUUAAAGGUAUUCUUAUUCUAGCUUUACUCAAGUGUAAGCCAAGUAAUUUAUCAUAAAAAAUUUGGAUAGAUUUAUUUACUUGUUUUUGGAUGUUGAUUCACAUCAAUGUAGAGAUGUCUUUUGAACAGAAGUUUAGGUACGGAAACUCUAGUUAUUAAGGGUCAUUUUUGUAAGUUUUAUUUAUGAGUAAAUGCCACAUGGUAGGCAAGUUGCUUUAAAUCUCAUUAUGUGAAGAGAAAAACAAGUGGCACUUCAUGAAUUAUGAUUUGCUAACAAAUCUACCUAAGAAAUUAUCAUAACAUAUAUCAAUUGCAUA